CACUCACCAUGAAAUACAGGACGGUGGUGAUGUACAUGGAAAUCGGCUGCUUCGUGUCCUGCCUGUGUGGCUGGAUCCUCGUGUGUUCCACUCUCCCCACAGAGUACUGGACUUUCUCUGAGGUGGGCAGCAUCGUGCUGACCACCUCCAACUACUACUCCAACCUGUGGAGGGACUGCAUCUCCGACACCACGGGGGUGUCGGACUGCAAGGAUUACCCUUCCAUGCUGGCCCUGCCUGUGUUCCUACACGCCUGCAGAGCGCUCGCUGUCUGCUCCGUCAUCACUGGCUUCUUUGGAGGCGUCCUCACACUCAUAGGGAUGAAGUGCACGAAAAUAGGUGGAUCAGAGAUUGCCAACGCCAGGGUGACUUUUGCAGGCGCUAUAACCUACCUGGUUUCAGGAUUCUGUGGUAUGAUCACCUACUCGUGGUGGGCCAACAAAGUCAUAACAGAAUUCCUGGAUCCACAUUUCAGGGCUCAGAAAUUUGAACUUGGAGCUGCAAUUUUCAUUGGCUGGGGAGGCUCCAUCCUUCUUCUGUCUGGAGGGACAGUGCUGAGUUACUUCUCUGGAAAAGAAGGCCUACCAUCAAGUUCUCCAAAAGGGACACGGAGACCAGUCAGUUAUGCCACCGCCCGAACCAGACGAACCUACAUGCUGCCAGCCUCAUCAUCCCGGGUGACUCUGGUGCCACCGCUGUUUUAUGAAGGCAGGAAGAGCCGAACCACCAGAGCAACAACAAAAACCGGUCGAACAUUCAGCAGAGACAGCUUUGUCUGAGCCAGAGGCGAAGCGCUCAGCUGACAAAGUGACUUUUAAAACUUUAAAGUAAUAGUAUGCAGAGUACCUUUUCUCCAAGUCAUGUUUUGAUACGUCUUAUUAAAAGUCUUAUAACUGUGUGCUCCACAUCUUUUCAGAGCUUGCAAUGUUUUUUUUAACCUUUUGUAUUUAUAGCUGUGUUUCAUCUUCAGCAGGCAGCAUUCAAUGUCUGCUGAUGCGGUUAAUCUUCAAGUCUCUGCAUACUUUGUUGUUUUAAAAGAGGUUAAAAAGUUCAGUAUCAAAGAGUAGAAAAAAUGCCUGGAAAAAAAUGCGAUAUGUUUGUAUUUGUUUACAAAUCUGUUCAAAAUUACAAAUAAAACUCUUGUGCAGUUGUCCAUA